AUGCUUUGCAUACAAAACUUUUUAACUGUUUUGAAUAGCGAUAAAAGUUUGGCCCAAAAUGGUAAAAAAGUUGUUAACAGCGGACCUGACGAUCACAUCUACGUCUACCUUAUUGACCAUGGAGCACCAGAUCUAAUUGCGUUCCCACAUAAGUAUCUCUACAGCAAGGAUUUGAAUGGUGCGUUCAAAGAAAUGCACCAGGCUAAAAAAUACGCCAAACUUGUGGUCAACAUCGAGGCAUGCAAUUCAGGCUCGAUGUUUGAGAAACCGCUGCCCAAAGACAUCAAUGUUUACGUCACCACUUCGGCCAACCCUUAG